AUGGGCCUUACAUUCUCAAAACUGUUUGACCGGCUAUGGGGAAAGAAAGAGAUGAGAAUCUUGAUGGUUGGUCUUGAUGCAGCUGGAAAGACAACCAUCUUGUACAAACUCAAGCUUGGUGAAAUUGUAACCACCAUCCCCACAAUCGGCUUCAACGUUGAGACCGUCGAAUACAAGAACAUCCAAUUCACCGUGUGGGAUGUCGGUGGCCAAGACAAGAUCCGACCUCUCUGGAGGCAUUAUUUCCAAAAUACCCAGGGUAUCAUCUUCGUGGUCGACUCCAACGACAGAGAUCGUGUCGUCGAGGCACGCGAGGAACUACAGCGCAUGCUUAACGAAGAUGAGCUUCGUGAUGCUCUUCUCCUGGUCUUUGCCAACAAACAGGAUCUUCCCAAUGCUAUGAAUGCCGCCGAAAUCACUGACAAGCUUGGUCUCCACAGUCUCCGACAGCGUGCCUGGUACAUCCAAUCAACUUGCGCUACCUCUGGUGAUGGUCUCUACGAAGGGCUCGAAUGGCUGAGCAACUCGCUCCGCAAGGCAGGACACAACUAA